AAACGCUUUUAGCGUUGUCCUCGCAACCAAACUCAUGCGUGAGGUGCCUUUAUUAAGCAAGUACGAGUACCAAAUACAUGGAAAGUAUUAUCGGAACAAUUUCGUGGUGCUGCUUGAUCAUCAUGGAACUGUUUAUGAUUCUCGAUGUCUUCGGUCGGACACAAAAAAGUCGAGGAAUACCGAGGAAGAUACAUCCUGGCCAUCAUAUUACUGAGAGUGACGUCAUCGCGAACUUCUCCAAAGUUUUAGGCAAACGUACUUUCAUCGUGAUGUUACUUCUGUUUGUCGUUAGAAGAAUGAUCUAUUCUCGAAAAAUUCGAUCCUUCGAUUGCACCAUGAAAACUGCAGACUCAAACCUCUGUCAUUAAGCUGUAAACAUCAGAAUGCAACAAGAUCUGCUAGUGGGAGUUGACGAGAGUCGUUUAUAUUGGACGAGCACGAGAGUCGGCUACUACAGCUGAGAAUCGUCUAGAGUUGACGAGUUGACGAGAACGAGUAGACGAGAGUUGUCCGAUUGUCAGAUUGUCAAAAAUAACGUUCGUACUCGUACCUAGUCUCAACGUAGUCGUCGCAAAGGCAUCUUUCUUAAAACGAGAGGAGUGUUGCCGGAGUAGUAGACACAUCCUGUUGUAGUUCUUUUCAAAACAUUGACAUUGACAUGAUCCUCGUUGAUCAUUAAAAUAACUCAAAUCAGUAAUACCUCCAACCAUUACCGCCCAACCAAAGAAAUAUAGGAAAAAUUCGUAUCCUGAUUUUGUGUCCGUUUCGGAGUCCUGCUAUCAGAACCACACGUUUCGCUCAAACGUUACCCCAAUCGUUUAUAAACUUCUUCUUCUGCAGCUACUUCUCUGUGAUCGUACAGAAUUUCCUUUCUAAAAGAAGUGAUCAACGUCAAUCACAAGAACUUCAACAGCACAUCAUCAACAACAUUAUCACCAUCAAGCAAGAGUACAAGAGCAAGAUCAACUACAUAGAGGUACCAAGAGUAGAACAACAUCAGCAACAUAGACAUUAUCCGCAUCAAGAACAAGGGCUGGCUACAAGAACAACGAGAGCUACAACAAGAUGUUGGCUCCUCGUCGCAAAAACAUGUUGUUUGCGGUCGGUUUGGCCGCCUUGGCGGUCAAAGGAGUGAUGGCCGGAGAUGCUGGUGAUGUGUUCAGACAUAACGUUACGGCUCAAUAAUGUUAGUAGAAGCAAGAAAGUAUUUAGUAGAAGCACUCACUCCGACUCCAUGUUUUUAUAUAUAGAGAUCAGCGAUACAACGACAGAGCUUUAUAAAAAAUGAACGAGUCAAUCGUCUCGGUUCCAGCGUUUCUCUCCAAAGGAAAAAUGCAGGCAAUUUCCCCACAAAGAUCCCCUUCUCCUUCUUAGGACAAUUUUUGGGCGAAUAAAUGAAGAGAACAAGAGUAAGUGAAGGGGUUUUGAGCUCUAAUGACGGGCUCGAAUUUGCACUCAAGGUAAGCGAGCCUAAGGAACCGGCUAAGCCGGCGGAGGGCGCGGCUGCGCCCCCGGCACCAACUACCCAAGACUUCACCGUCACUAUCAAGGUACUAUGUAUAUGUAUAUUGUUUAUAAUGCUUCGUACUAAUAUGAUUUUUGAAAAUAGUUAUGAUAAUUUUUAUUCGACGAACGUUCAGUUCAGUAGUUGUAGAAACAGAAACAAACAGAAGCAGAACGAUGUUACCUUCUUGUCCCAUAGUAUAAAGAUCCCAUGCAUAGAAUGUAAGCACCUGUCAUCUUCUCUUCUGAGGGUGCAGAGCAUCGCAUAGCCUAGAGACUGGUAUGCUAGCCAGUGAUAGACUCCAUGAUGAUAAUCCCAGGGAAAAGCGGUUCCCGGUGGGAAGUAUACAGCACCGAAGAGUGGGAACCCUGGAGUGUAUGAAUUUCCGAACACGGCAGAGACUCAUUAUGGAGGCAUUUUCUUGUUAUAGAUCCUACUAGAUAACAAGUAGAAGAGUACAUACAACUACAACUAUAACUGAGAACAACUACAUCUUCAACGAUAAAUGUUAAUAUGAUGAAAUUACUUACGAUAUAGACGAAGACAAGGAAAGGUUCUUUAUUUCGAAGUGCAGAUGUUGACUCCGUGAUUUGAAGUUCUUUGGAAAACAUGAUAUUCGACGAAAAAUAAGUCUCUUUUGCUUUUAGCGAAACUUGCCCCUGUGGGUGGCCAGAAACUGAGGCCGCUCUUUCAGUAGCCCCAGGAUACAAAAAAAAAAGAAACUUUUUCUGAAAUCUCCAAAUCCAAACUUCUUCUAAUUUUGGGGGCUGAAGCUGCCGACGCUGAAGGGUGAGCAGACGAAGAGGAUGUUCGGAAAGGCUAUUUCGUUUGGCACAGACAACAAGGCGCAGGAGUGGUACUCCUUCAACGGGUAUAUUUACUUAAGGCGCAAUAGUACCUGGAAACUUACUUCAACGGGUAUGUAUAUAUACUAAAGUCAGACCACUUCAACGGGUAUAUAUACUAAAGUCAGACCACGUCUCUACGGUCAUCAUGAACGAUGGUGACGACAGAGACAACAGCACGCAGCGUCAUUUCUUCAGAGUGCGUUAUUUCUACGAGUCUAGCGCUGUGCCAUGUGACGCGGAGUCCACAUGCCCAGUCACUGACUCCUAACCUAUUCAUUUCUACGAGUCAUGUAUCCACGCUAGACAACUCGUAGAAAUGAAUAGGUUAAAUUGAAGUUACCUCUAUUCUAUGAAUAGGGUACUAUCCAACAUUUUUCUCCUAUGCUACAAUCCAUGAAGGGGCUACUUUCCAUGAAGAUGAUAGGCUACUAUAGACUUCGGACAACAUAGGAGAGUAGCUUCUUAGUCCUUGAAAGUGAGCCUUCUUAGGACAAUAAUUGAGAGUAAAUAAGGAAGGGAACUUCUAGAAGCUAGAAAUGAACUUUGAUCAUCUUCAUGAUCAAACUAGAUGAAACUAUUCAUGUAAAUUAAAUGAACAGCUGCUCAUCUAAUUUACUUGUUCGUCAAGCUGGUCUGCGUUUUGACUCCGGCAAUGUUUUUCGCCAUGCCCGCGCAACCGUUUCUCGAGAAAAUGCAAGGAGGAGCUGACGUCGAGUUCGAUUUGCCGCCGACACCUAUUUUUAAGGAUUAUCAUUGUGACUACGUAGAUUACUUAGGCUAGGUUGUACUUGUGGGUCUAAAUAAUACCAGGAUUUCUACUUCGCCUUCGGUUAGGUUCUACUUGAGUAUUAUCAUUUUUGACUACUUAGGUUAUACCAGGAUCACUAGCAGACGUAAUUGCAGGCUACUGAAGAGUCAUCCAUAGCUUAGGUUACAGUUCCAUCACUUUGAAUGCUAGAUCAUAGAAGUAGGCACCAUGCUAGAUAGAAGUGGACCACGCUACACCGAGUGGCCUCAGACAUAGAUGCGUAAUGCUCGAUACAAGUAGGCACCAUAAUGCUACACAGUACAAUCACAAGUAAAUGUAAAUGCAUCAUCUUCAAACAAGACGUCCUGCUCUAAUUUUUUUGGCGCGUUUUGGCAGACGAACGUGUUUUUGGUCAUGUUCCUGGUCCUGGAGGAAACGCCAGAAAUGAUCGUACAAUAUAUAUUGGUCGUACCUCUAGACUACCAGCAUGUUUAUUCUUUUUACGCUUGACGUUCUUUGUCACGCCGGAGAGGGUCGCACCACUAGACUACCGACAUGUUUAUGUUUUUUACGCUUGAUGUUCUUUGGAACACCACCGGAUAUGAUCAUCAUAUUUAUAUAUGAUCCAUGGCGCGAGGCGACGCCACCCCCCCGAGCGUAGGCGGGGCGCCGUGCAGCCCCGGACCCCUUUUUAAGGCGUCUGCCGGGGGUGGAAGGCCUCAAAAGGGGGCCAAGUGGCCUCCCUUCUCCGCUCCCUUCCAGCUGCCUGGCUGUUGCCUACAGGCCUCCCAUGCAGGUGGGAGGCUUCAAAAGGGGCCCAGGGGAUCGCUUGCGCCCCGUCCAGGUGCCUGCUUGUGCCCUAAGUGCCUCCGAUAUGCCUCGCCGCCGCAGCAGUGCGCCGGUAAUAGAAGGCCUCCGAAGGCGGAAAAAGGCGAGGGGCUGCACCCCCUGAGCCGUGCAGCUUGUACCCUCCGGGCCUUUGGUCAUCGGCUUGCUUGCUCUUGCGACCGUGGCCGCCCCUUAUAUCCUGGAGGCCUCCCGCCUGCGAGGGUCAGCAGGGGCCAGGAGGUCCCUGGGGAACCCGCUGAGAGGCGCAAGGGGAGGCCCGCGCCAAGUUUUGGCGCCUUCUACCACUAGAAUCCGCGAAAAUCAGUGCGGAAAAGCGCGCGCGCGCCAUCACAGACCAUACCACAAGGGGGGCACCGUGCCGCCCUGAGUCAUAGCGCCCUUGGGGCUUUCUUCCUUCUCAAUGAGUGGAAUCUAGUCCCCUCCAUCAUCAUUAUCACCACCAUCAUUUUUAUUUAGAUGGCCGGAAAAGGUUUCCUCGGCUUAGUUCCCUAGGGUCUGGUCUCAGCGUUGAUUUGGCAGGUCAAAUCGGAGAAGUAAGGAUUGUUAUCACUCUUGACCCGAAAAACAGUUGAACAUCUGGGGUUAUUCGGUGUCGCUGAUUUUGUGGAUUGCGUACCCGUUUUUCAUCAACUGGGAAAAGUUCGGCAUGAUGUACUGGAUUGAGCUCGCGGGAACAGUUGUCUUAUGUUGCAUAUCCACUUACUUAGUUCAACAGAUGAAGGUACAGGAUAGUUGAAAGGCCUCAAAGGUGUUAGCAUAACACAUAAAAGAGGAUCCAUGACAUGAUCUGCAAGCUGUAGUUAUCAAGUAGAAAGAAAAAUGGACACAGGAGUAGAUGAGACAAAAAAGAUGGGCGGCUUCUGUAGUGGGUUCUAAUUAUCAUCGCAGCAACUUAUUGGGGAAUGCUCGCCAUGGAGAUGCCGCAAGCUUAUGAUUUUUCACCUUCCAACUAUUUUUCUGAGUACUAGAGACAAAAUAAAGUCAGAGAUAGAAAGCGAGGGAAUAUUAACUAAUGCAAUGGUAACGUAACUAACAGCAUCAACGCUCAUCUUCAUAUGAAGUUAGUAGAUCUUCUACUUCCAUUUGUAUGGCAUUAUUCCAUACUUUCCGUUUUUAGUAGAAUUUACGGUUAGAAGUUAAGAUCAUCAUGAAGUAUGAUUUCAUCGCUGCCGGCACGACCUCGUCUACAUGAUCUACUCCUUCUCUCCCACUCCCUCUUCUAAUCUGCGCAGCGUGACGCGAAUUUCGACACCUCCUUGAUGUUUGUCCUCAAAUGGUCAGCGUUGGUCAGUUCCAUCGUCAUGUUAAGGCUUCCUUCAAUCUUCCAUCUACAACUUCAGAGAAGUCAUGAUCCUAGUCAUUCUAGGACAGGAGAGACUCAACACUUCUAGCAUAGGGAAAAGAUGACAUCUAGGAUGCAGCUUCUCGAGAUGGAUUAGGGUGCGCAGCUCUAAUCAUGUUGGCAGCCCCCGUGAUGAUGAUCUUCAGAUCGAUCGCGGAGAAGAACAGCGCUUACUUGGGCCCCGUUGGCUUGAACAUCAUUGGUAUCACUCUCACCGCAUUCUGUUAAGGCUUUCUACUUAAUCACUAUGCAUUUACAUAUUAUAGAAGAUAGUUCUUGUUCAUCUUGUUUCUUUGAAGUUCACGUUUGGCUCAGUUCAUUAGAAGUUCAUCUUUUUUUUCUUUGAUGCAUCCUUGAAAAUGAGAAGCGCAUCAGCUCGGAGUAUCUAUCACGACAGGGAAAAAAAAUACUAAUACUUUUCUCACAUGCAGCGCAUACUUUUCUUCAAGAGAUAUCUCUGUCUAUGACUCUUCUAAGAUCGAACACUAGAGAAGUUCAUGGCUAGACUCUCCUCUAAUGUUCGGUCGUGAACGGGUACUGCUACAUGGACAACUGGGCUGCCUGGUUGCCCAACCUCAUCGGGUGCAUCUUUCAAACCACGACCUUCGUCGUCCGCCUUUUCGUCGUCGACGCUCCGGCUGAUGGAGCCCUCCGAUCAUCCAAGACGAGUGUUCACGACGAGGAUUAUGGUUUCAGAAUUUAGAUCACUUCUGGUGCUUUAUAAUUUCUAAGAUCGGAUUAUGGUUUCUAAGGGUAGGACCGUGUAUUCGGACCUGCUAAUCCCUUUGAUUUUGUUGUAGAAAACACUUACAAAGGAGUGUUUAGAAGGCACAAUUCGACUGAAAGGCCUCAAAACUACUUGACCACGUAGUUAACGAGGGCACAGGACAUGACAUGUCAGGUGUGAACUAAAUAUGCUUGGAAGCCAUAAUCCUCGUCAUCUCCAGGGCUUCCGAGCUCAAAUUUAGUUCACUCCUGGUGAUCCUUUGUACUAAUUUCUUUUUACAAAUAUGUCAAAAAUCACUACCUAGAAGUAGACUAGUUGUCUACUAGUACUUCUAUUUAGAAGAUUCUGUAAUAAUGACUACUUAGACCUCCUAUCAUCUUCUAGAAAAAGCACUAGGCGUCUACUACUUGUUCUGUAGUUUCUACUACAUCAUCUCUGUACUAGUUUCUACUAUGAACCGGUUAGUUUUUACCUCUAGAGAUCUAGCCCUUUCAACACUACAUCAUGAUCUCCAAGCAAAUAAUCUUCUACUACAUCAUCUAAGCAAAGUCCACGCCCUUUUUGACGGCUCCGGUUGAAGUCGGUGACGGCGCGGUUACCGGUGGAGAAGAGGCCUAAACGUUGAAGAAACAUCAACAAAGAUGUUUGGACUGAGAUGAAAGGAGAAGCGGAAAAGAAAGGAUCGUGUGGAGGAAAAAAGUUCUUUAACUAUUUUUAAAGAUGUUGUACUAGUGAGACUCAGGGGCUGACAGGACCACGACAGUGCCGGCGCUUAGUUAUUAGUAGAUAAGUACUCGCUUGACAACAUUGGCUUUCCUUCUUUCGGUUUUUGUUUUUGUCUAGUUAGGUCUGCUCCACCUUCAACAUCAGAGAAAUUCGAAGAACACACACAGAAGAGACGCAGGGAAGUCGUCGGUCCAGUUCGAAUCGACUAACGUCACUCAUCAGGUCUGCUCCACCACAACUAUUAAAGAUGUGCUAGCUCUUGUCACGGGUCGUACUAUUACUAGAAGAUGAAGGACUUAAUAGGUUAGCGUGGUCACGAGAAGGGUUUACGGGACACAGACGGGGGAGGAAGAUGUUGGAGGGAGUGGCGUGAGUCUGAACGCGGUUCUUUCUAGCUUGAUCCCAAGGAUAAACAUAAUAAAGCACCCUAGUUUAUAUGUGUACUAUGAGGAUGACCUACCAAAACCUAAUUGCUUAACAUGCAUACAGAAUCCGAUCAGAAAAGAGUUGUUCUCUUCAACUUCAUACCAUAAAAGUUUUGACCAUGAUAGAUGUUUACCCCUUGAUCUUGAACUUGAUGUAUGAUACAACAAUGAAAAGACUUGCGAAACAAGAAUGCAAUAUGCGCACCUAGUACUGUACUGACGUGCAACCUCGUUGUACUGACGUACCUCGUUGUACUUCUGACGUACUUGGUACUUACGUAGUACGUCGUUGCACUUCUGGUGACAUACCUCGUUCUUGUACUUCUCCUGACGUACCUAGUACUGACGUAUUUAUUGCGCACGACGUAGCACCUAGCACUUAUCCACGUGAGAAGGACGUAAGUAGCAACUAUUCAGUUGAGGCGGACGGGUGACGUAUUAUGAACCUAUCUGACGUAGUACUCGUACUAGAUCAUCUACAGAAAAAUGAAUAUUAUUGUAAAGCUGUGCAUAAGCAUAAUGAGCUGUAAAUGUCCCUGAAUGGAUAUUGAACAGGUAUUAGUAGAGGAGUGAUCAUAACAGAUUAUUAUCAUCAUAACCAAAACAUGACCAUCAUACAAGACGUUCAUAUCAUGAUCAAAUUUAAUCAUCAUUAUUCAAUUUACUUAUUUACAACAUUAUUAACAACGUACUACUUACUAGACCUCCUGCUCUGGUGUCUGGCACUGACAUGAAGAUCAUCAAAUCUAAUAUUCGCAUUCCUAUCAAUUCGCAUUCCUAUCAAUUGUCAUCAUAAUGAUCAUACUUACAAUGAAACACAGCACUUCAACACCUAUGACUCAGUGAACAUCAACUACUACAGAACAAACAAACUGUCACGCAUUCCUCUGCAGCGCAUAAGAUCGGUUAUGCGGUCCAAUAAAGGGGGCGUUAUACAACCAAGAGAUUGUAGUUGAAGAGAAUUAGCGACUGGUAGUCCCUCUGCGGGCGACAAUCCUCGGUGGACCAAUGUACUUACAUUCUUAGAAGUUUACUCCACCGUGUUGGUUCAUCAUAAUUGUUAAUAAGUAGAUUACCUCGUUCUACUAGGUAGUGCUUCUAAUAGUGCUAUCUACUAGCAGAGGACAAAAAA